AUUCAUCAUGGAUGAAUAUCGGUGUAAGGCAUGGCUACGUUUGUGUGAUUCCAGCACACAGAGUAUUUCAGGUGAUGGCAACAAAUUUUUCAAGGUUCAAUUUGUUUACAAAACUACAUAUGUUCCAACUGAUACGUCUCAAUCUUCGUUCGAAGACAUCCAAUGUCACGCUCUUCAUAACAUCUCAAUGGAUAAGAUGAUGGAUGAAAAUACCUUCGUGUCAUGGCUUUCUCAAGUAAAUGUUCCUCAAGAUGCUUUCACAAUGGUGGUAGAAGCAAUUAUGCAAUGUGCUUCUGAUAUAGUUGAUGAUGAGACUUAUAAGAACCUAAAGUUUCUUACUAUUCGAGUCGAUUUUUCUGUUAAAAGGGCUAUUGAAUAUGUUGAUUGUGAAGAAGAAGAAGAAGAGGAGAACAAUAGUUUGGAAGAGGAUGUCGAGAUAAUAGAUGUUGAAGAAGAAGAAGAUAAUGGGUUGGUUGAUGAUGUUACAAUUAUUGAAAUUGAAAGUGAUGAAGAUGAACACGGUUUGGAAGAGGAUGAAGAAGAGCCAAUGAUGCUUGAAGAAGAAGCUGCUAGGUUUAUACCUGCUAACGAAUAUCAUUGUAAGGCAUGGCUACGUAAGUCCGAUUCCAACACACAACGUAUUUCAUGUGAUGAUAAGAAGUAUUUCGACAUUCAAUUCGAAUACAAAACUAGGCAUGUUUCGACAGAUAUGUUUCAAUCUUCUGUUGAACACAUUCAACGUGAUGCUCUUCGCAACAUCUCAAUGGAUAAGAUGAUGGAUGAAAAUACCUUUGUGUCAUGGCUUUCUCUAAUAAAUGUUCCUCAAGAUGCUUUUACAUUGGUGAUAGAAGAAAUCAUGCAAGUUGCUUCUGAUGCAGUUGAUGAUGAGCGAAAGCAUCUUACUAUUCGAGUCGAUUUUUCUGUUACAAUGGCUAUUGAGGAUGAGGAAGAAGAAAUUAUGGUUGAAGAAGAAUAUACUAGAUUUAUUCCUGCAGAUAAGUCAUGUAUUGAAGAAUUGAAGAUGGUAAAAGUAGAAGAAGUAACAAAAUGUACUAUUUGUCUUGAGGGUGUUAAUGUUGGUGUCCCAUUACCAUGUUCCCACAUGUUUCAUAAGAACUGUAUUGAAGAUUGGUUAGUGAUAGGUCAUUGUUGCCCUUUGUGUAGGUUUGAAUUACCUACCAGCAACACUAGAGAAUAAGUUGUUUGUUAUUAUGUUUCAUUAGUUGUGGUAUAUACUAGAGAUUGUAUAUGAUGAUUACAUUCGUGAU